AUGCGGUUGCCAGCAUGGCUCCCGCUUCUCCUCCUGACUGGGUUUACCCGAGCGAGCCCACGCGACUAUGAACAGAAUGACUACUUUGCCCUCCAUCUCCACCCUUCCGCAGUCCCUGAAGAGGUGGCACGGCGGCUAGGGAUACAGUUCGAAGGUCAGAUCGGGGAAUUAGCCCAUCAUUAUUCUUUUUCAUGUUCGAAGGACUCCUGUCAGGAUUUGGAACAUUCAUUUCAAGAAUUACAGCGGCGGAAGAAGCGAAGGCGACGCUCUGUGGAAACAAGAGAUACACUGGAUUCGGAAGGACAAAUUUACCAUGAUUUGAGUGGUGUUCUUUGGUCAGAGAAGCAAGAGUUGCGGCACCGACAUGUGAAGCGAAUACCCCCUCCUCCUCUCCCUGCCGUUCGUGUACCUCAAGACGCAGCCGACACAGAUUCGGGUGAUUCGGCGGACAAAGCGCGGCAAGAAGCUAUUCAACGCUUGAACACGAUUGCGGAGACACUGGAUAUUCAAGACCCUAUCUUCAAAGAGCAGUGGCAUCUUUUCAAUCCUUUGCAGCUGGGUCACGACCUGAACGUCACUGGAGUCUGGCUGGAGGGCAUCACCGGUAACGGUACCAUUUCGGCAGUCAUCGAUGACGGGUUGGACUUGUACAGCAAUGACCUCAAGGACAACUACUAUGCAGAGGGCUCUUGGGACUUUAAUGAUAACUCUCCCGAACCGAAGCCCCGACUUUUCGACGACAAGCAUGGUACCCGCUGCGCGGGAGAGAUUGCCGCCGUGAGAAAUAACGUCUGUGGAGUGGGGAUGGCUUAUGACAGCAAGGUUGCAGGUAUUCGGAUUUUAUCAAAACCCAUCACCGAUGAAGACGAGGCAAUAGCCAUAAACUAUCACUACCAGGAAAACCAGAUCUACUCCUGUUCUUGGGGUCCCCCCGACGAUGGCGCGACGAUGGAAGCUCCGGGUCUACUCAUUCAGCGAGCCAUGGUAAACGGGAUUCAGAACGGCCGAAGCGGUCUUGGGUCUAUUUUCGUCUUUGCAGCGGGCAACGGGGCUGCAAGUCAGGACAACUGCAACUUUGAUGGUUAUACAAACAGUAUUUACAGCAUCACUGUCGGAGGGAUUGACCGUGCUGGCAACCAUCCCUACUACUCCGAAGCUUGCUCAGCACAGUUGGUUGUGACUUAUAGCUCCGGUCAUCAGGAUGCUAUUCAUACCACCGAUGUUGGGGCCGAUAAAUGCUACAAUGGUCACGGCGGGACAUCGGCCGCAGGCCCGCUUGUCGUUGGUACUGUGGCCCUUGCACUCAGCGUUAGGCCAGACCUUUCCUGGCGAGAUCUCCAGUACCUUUGUGUUGAAACCGCCAUCCCUAUACACGAAGACGACGGAAGCUGGCAGAAUACGACGAUCGGAAAGAGGUUCAGCCAUGUCUACGGCUAUGGCAAGGUCGACGCUUAUAAAUUCGUUGAAGCCGCUAAGGCGUGGGAGACCGUCAAGCCGCAAGCUUGGUUUCAUUCGCCUUGGCUCAGCGUUCAGCAUAAAAUCCCAGAGGGUGACCAAGGACUGGCUGCCAGUUUCGAAGUCACUGAGGAGAUGCUGAGGAACGCCAACGUGGAAAGGCUCGAACACGUCACCGUCACCAUGAAUAUUGAGCACACUAGAAGAGGCGACCUGAGCGCAGAUCUGAUCAGUCCCAGUGGCUUGAUCAGUCAACUCGCAACCACUCGUGGUCCAGAUGGAGCUGCAGAAGGAUACGAUGACUGGACAUUCAUGUCAGUCGUCCAUUGGGGCGAAUCUGGGAUUGGUAAUUGGACAGUCAUUGUCAAGGACUCUCAGCAGAAUGAAUUCAAUGGAACCUUCAUCGACUGGCGUCUUAAUCUUUGGGGCGAAUGUAUCGAUCCCCAGAUUCAAGCCCUUCACCCGCUUCCGGAUGAGCAUGACGACGACCAUGAAACAGCCCCCGCUAUUGUUAGUACAACCAGUGUCGAACCUGGUACUCCAGCUACUGGGCUUCCGACAACACCUACCGACCAUAUCGACCGGCCUACUAAGCCUAAGCCUUCCGGUACAACAGACUCUGUGGUCAUUGUCACCACGACCAACACUGUCUCUGUCCCUGUUGCAACGGCGACAGUGACAGGGGAACCGACCCAGUCAUACUCAGAUGGGUUUCUCCCCUCAUUUUUCCCUACAUUUGGAGUCUCGAAGCGGACCCAGAUUUGGAUCUAUGGCUCAAUCGUGUUGAUCAUUCUCUUUUGUGUGGGAUUGGGAGUAUAUUUCUUGAUCCAGCGGAGGAAACGACUCCGAAACAAUCCCCGGGACGCAUACGAGUUUGAGAUGGUUGGCGAUGCAGACGAUGACGAGCAACAGGGCUUGACAGCACGCGGAGGAAGAGGGAAGGGUCGAGCUCGACGAGGUGGUGAGCUGUAUGAUGCAUUUGCGGGCGAAAGCGAUGACGAUCUCUACAGUGAUGAAGAAACAUAUCAAGACACCCCAAGUAACGACACAGGAACGGGAUCGAGAUCUGGGAGCUCUGAAGGCAAAGAAAGGGAGAAAUAA